CCCCAGGGCUACGACAUCAGCUUCUUGAUCACGAACUUCCACACAGAGCAGAUGUACAAGCACAAGCUGGUGGACUUUGUCAUCCACUUCAUGGAGGAGAUCGACAAGGAGAUCAGCGAGAUGAAGCUCUCUGUCAACGCCAGGGCCCGCAUCGUGGCGGAGGAAUUCCUCAAGAAC